AUGCUGAAGUUGGUCAUCAUAACUCAGCGACACAGUGGGAAUCAGACACCUGGCAGGACCAUAGAUGGAUCUGGCAGGCUCUGGAUGAGGCAAAGCAGUGUGGAGGAGUAUUUCCACAAAAGCAUCUUACAGAUGAUAAUCAAGGACAGGAGACCCCUUGCUAUUGUGGAGGGUCAAUGCUUCCGUGCCUAUGAUUGGGCAAAUAAUACUUUGCAGCAGCACGCUAAAGACAGCAGAACGUAUGUUUACACGAAAGAGCAGCUGGAGAACUCAAAGGCCCAUGACCAGUUGUGUAAUGCAGCACAGCAUCAGCUGGUGCUAGAGGUGAAGAUGCAUGGCUUCCUGCACAUGUACUGUGCAAAGAAGAUCCUGGAAUGGACUGCAUCUCCUGACAAAGCUCUCUCUAUUGCCAUAUAUCUCAAUGAUUACUAUUCUUUAGACGGAUGUGAUCCCAAUGGACAUGUGGGUUCCAUGUGGUCCAUCUGCGCCAUUCAUCACCAGAGCUGGGCAGAGAGGCCCAUCUUUGGGAAAAUCUGUCAUAAGAAUUAUUCUGGCUGCAAGUGGAAGUUUGAUGUGGCACAGUUUGAGAGGAAGUAUGCUGCCAAAAAUGCUUGA